GGCGGCUGAGACCAGGCGGAGGAGGAAGAACAUGGCGGGCGCGGCGGGGCCUGCCACCGGCUCAGGGGCCGCCGGCGGAGAUGGAGACGAUUCACUCUACCCCAUCGCGGUCUUAAUCGACGAGCUCCGCAAUGAGGACGUGCAGCUCCGUCUCAAUAGUAUUAAGAAAUUAUCAACAAUUGCUCUAGCACUUGGAGUAGAAAGGACACGAACUGAACUGCUGCCAUUCCUUACAGAUACAAUUUAUGAUGAAGAUGAGGUACUGUUAGCUCUUGCUGAGCAGCUGGGAAAUUUCACUGGCCUGGUGGGAGGUCCUGACUUUGCCCACUGUUUGUUGCCUCCUCUGGAAAGCCUGGCAACUGUGGAAGAGACUGUGGUUCGAGAUAAGGCUGUGGAGUCCCUGAGGCAGAUCUCGCAGGAGCACACGCCAGUGGCUCUGGAGGCUCACUUCGUACCUCUGGUGAAACGCUUAGCGAGUGGGGAUUGGUUCACCUCUCGCACAUCCGCAUGUGGUUUGUUCAGCGUUUGCUAUCCCAGGGCUUCCAUUGCUGUCAAAGGAGAAAUUAGACAGUACUUCCGUUCCUUGUGCUCAGAUGACACACCAAUGGUCCGACGUGCUGCUGCUUCCAAAUUGGGUGAAUUUGCAAAAGUUUUGGAAUUAGACAGUGUGAAAAGUGAAAUCGUUCCUUUGUUCACUAAUCUAGCUUCAGAUGAACAGGACUCAGUGCGCCUGCUGGCUGUGGAGGCCUGUGUCAGUAUUGCCCAGUUACUGUCUCAGGAUGACAUUGAGGCUUUGGUGAUGCCUACACUUCGACAAGCCGCAGAAGAUAAAUCUUGGCGAGUUCGCUAUAUGGUAGCUGACAAAUUUUCAGAGCUCCAGAAAGCUGUGGGUCCCAAAAUCACCCUAAAUGACCUCAUCCCCGCCUUUCAGAACCUACUCAAAGACUGUGAAGCUGAAGUCCGAGCAGCUGCUGCCCAUAAAGUAAAAGAACUUUGUGAGAACUUGCCUAUGGAAGGUAGAGAGACCAUAAUUAUGAAUCAAAUUCUACCCUAUAUAAAGGAAUUAGUAUCUGAUACAAAUCAACAUGUCAAGUCGGCUCUAGCUUCUGUAAUUAUGGGGUUGUCUACCAUUUUGGGCAAAGAGAAUACCAUUGAACAUCUUCUACCUCUCUUUUUAGCUCAGUUAAAGGAUGAGUGUCCUGAAGUUCGUUUGAAUAUCAUCUCCAAUUUGGAUUGUGUAAAUGAAGUGAUUGGAAUCCGGCAGCUCUCUCAGUCACUCCUUCCUGCCAUAGUGGAGCUGGCUGAAGAUGCUAAAUGGAGGGUCCGGCUGGCCAUCAUCGAGUAUAUGCCACUGCUGGCGGGACAGCUGGGUGUGGAAUUCUUUGAUGAAAAGCUGAAUUCUUUAUGUAUGGCCUGGCUUGUGGAUCAUGUGUACGCCAUCCGGGAAGCUGCCACCAAUAACCUCAUGAAGCUAGUUCAGAAGUUUGGUACAGAGUGGGCCCAAAAUACCAUCGUUCCCAAAGUGUUAGUAAUGGCGAACGAUCCUAAUUACUUGCAUAGAAUGACCACUUUAUUCUGCAUUAAUGCACUGUCUGAAGCCUGUGGUCAGGAAAUAACCACUAAGCAGAUGCUGCCUAUUGUAUUGAAAAUGGCAGGAGAUCAAGUAGCAAAUGUCCGUUUCAAUGUGGCCAAAUCUCUACAGAAAAUUGGACCAAUUCUAGAUACCGAUGCUUUGCAGGAGGAAGUUAAGCCGGUACUACAGAAGCUAGGCCAAGAUGAAGAUAUGGAUGUCAAGUAUUUUGCACAGGAAGCCAUAAGUGUGCUUGCACUGGCAUAACGAGGAACGAGGGGAAAGACGUUACUAAAUUCUUAUCACAGAUUUCUAGUCAAUGUGUUCUUGAACUGGGUGGAGAGAAAAAAUGGAAAACCUUCAAGACCUCAUCCGAGCAAAUGGCAGCACCUUACAAGAAGUCAAAUUUCAGUGACUUGAUUCUUUCUAAAGAUGAAGUGGCAUUGCUUUUCACUUGUCUUCCUUGUUGGGAUAAUUUAAACUGUUGUUAUUGUUUUUGACCAAUUUCUGAUACUUGGCACAGUCAUUUCUUGACUGUCUCCUAAUGGUUUAUUUAGCACCGUCUGGGCUCCUGUAUCGUCAUUGUUUAAUCAGGUCCCAGCCUCUUUAAUAUUCCACCAAGCCUGGACAGGUUUUGGACCCAGACAUGGAACAGAGUGAUUUUUUUGAUGUUUACGUGUAUCUGUGUGUCUCCAUUCCAAAGUUAAAUGUACAUGGUUUAAAAUAACUUAUUUUAUGAGCACUCCACGUGGGAGACACACUGAGAUUUAACUGUAGUGAAAACCAUAUUCUCCUGGAUAAUGAUGGUCCGUGUCAGUGUCUCCCGCGGAAGGGGAAUGUGGAUGCUCAGGGUUCAUGUGUUGGUUGUUUUGGUUUUUAUUUGCUCGAUUGUGGCUGUAAUCAUGUCAUUCAGAAAUCUGAAGUGCAGAUGCAUCUUGCUCCUAAUGUGUUGUGUUGAAACCUAACUCCAUUUCUGCAGCUCCCCACUGUGACUGCAUUCAAAAAUACUCCUCUUUCUCCCUGCUGAGAUGCUUAAAAUUUAGUGCCUCUUAAUAAGCAGUGGUUCUACUGUUUGAUUGUAGAUUGCAGUUGCAUUUCUAAUGAGUAAAGGAACCAGUGGUACAACAUUGAGGAUUUCCUGCUCCUUACCUGGUUCUGCUUCCAGCUGUGUGGACAUUUGGUUCUUCCUAUAUUGUACAGUAAUAGCUUUCCAAACUGAAGGUUCAUUAUUUUUUUGGUAUGGGUGAUGCUGGAAUCUUAUCAUUUGAAAUGUUAUCCUACUUUUACAGUAAAACCUCAUUAAUUCCUCCUGGAAUUGAUAAUGACUUAAAGCUGAAGGGUUUGCUGAAGCAAAUUAAUUGUAUGUAAGGAAGUCUGAUGUUUCUGAACUACUUAAACGCUCUUUAAAAAGCACCCUUUUCCCACUUGAUAUGCCUAGUUUCUAAUCACUCUCAUCAAUUAUAUUAAAAUACCUUCUGUGAGGAUCUUUAUCCGGCCACACCUUUAUUUAGAUACAUUAAAUUUGCUCUUUAUACCUGAUAGAUAUACACACAUAUUUAAUGGAGGAUUUAAAUAUUUGAAGAUUUUUCAAAUUUAUGAAGAUUUUUCACAUAAUCAAACUUGUCUUGCCCUAAUGACUUUUUAAUUAAUGAGGUUUUAUUAUAGCUUAUUUUUCUCUCGGUGCAUCUUGCUGAGUCUGAGUCUUGCUGUAGUCUGCUUGUUUCCAUUUUGGUUUUCAAAUAGUUUCUUUCAUUUAUAGUCUCUUAAAGCCAAUGAGCCCUGUUCUGUUUUGUGAAGGCACAAAGACUUCUAGGAGCUUUGUACAUUAAACCAUUUCAGAAAACCAAGUUUGACCAAAUACUUUAAAGUUUGUCUUACGUUAGAAAAGCAGAACAUUUAAAAUCAAAAUUAUCUGAGUGCACUUAAAACUGCCAAACUAGUUUAUAGUAAUUUUCUAUUUUUUUACUUCAGGGUUAAGGACUAAAUAUUUUCUUAGGCAAAAAUCUUUUCUUUCCCUGAAGAAAUCAUUAAUUAUUAUGCUGCAAACAAUUUUUGUUCAUGGUUCUUUUUGUUUUUUUAUUACCUUGCAGUUAUGCUCAUCAUUGAAUUUCAUAUUUGAGAGACUAUUGCCUUGAUUGAAAUGAAUUUACACAACCAUUGCUGUCCUCUGGUUUGGGGACAGAGUCUUUACUGGUUUUGUGGACCUCCUGGGGAGCACUGUGCAUUGACCUCCACCCUCAGAUGUGGUGAAGGGGAGACUGUGAGCCCUUUCUCUCUCAGGCUUGGGUCAGGGAGCUCAGCAGGGCCCUGUGGUUUUGGGUCACCCUGUAGGGACUUCAUUGUUUCUUCUGACUUCAACAAUAGGGAUCCAUUUUGUUACUCUUCAGAGGAACUGUUCUUUGGCUCAUAACUUUUAUCCAUGUAUUAGUUUUCUUGCCUUAAUUUCACAGGAAUGUAAGCUCCAGGAGCUCUGUAAGGGCUGGGGUUUUUGUUUUGUCUUCUGCUGUGUCUGUACCACCAGCAUCUGGGUCAGUGUCUGGUGUACAUAGUAGGCGCUCAAUAAAAAUGUGUUCAAUGAAUUUCUAAAA